AUGGCUCCAUCAGCAAUCACCCCUGCCAACGGGACCAGUGGCACCAAGGUUGCUCAACGCGCCUAUCAGAUCAACGAGCAGCCUUUCGGCACCAGAAAGAAGAUGCGCGUCAUCAUAAUUGGCGCUGGUGUUUCGGGUCUCAACUUCUUCAAAAUGAGCGAGACCAAGCUUUCCAAUAUUGAGGUCCAAUGUUAUGAGAAGAACAACGAUGUCGGCGGUACCUGGCUAGAGAACCGUUAUGCUGGCUGCGCUUGCGAUAUCCCCAGCGUCAACUACCAGUACUCUUGGAAGCCUACCAUAUGGUCCAAGUACUACUCUGAGUCCCCCGAGAUCUGGCAAUAUUUGAAGACCAUUGAGCAAGAGAACAACUUCAUCCAGAAAUACGUUAAGCUCAUGCACACCGUCAUCUCUGCCGAGUGGAAAGAUGAGGCGGGCCAGUGGACUAUCACUGUCACAAACAAUGUCACUGGAGACAUCUUUGUUGACCAUUGCAACGUCUUUCUGAACGGCGGUGGUGUUCUAAAUAACUGGAAAUGGCCGACUGUGCCUGGCCUUCAUGACUUCGAGGGCAGGUUGAUGCACUCCGCCAACUGGGACCAGUCCUACGAUUUCACUGGUAAAAGAAUUGCUGUCAUUGGCGCUGGAAGCAGCGGUGUACAGAUCGUUGCAUCUUUGUAUGACAGGAUAGAUCAUCUCUACACUUGGGUCAGAAGUCCUACGUGGAUCACGGCCGGGUUUGCCCAGGACUUUGCUGCCGAAGAUGGCCGUAACUUUCUCUACAGCGACGAACAAAAGGAAUAUCUCAGGAACAACCCUGAAGCGUACCUGGCAUACCGCAAGAUGAUCGAGAAGGAACUUAACCAACGUUUCAGCCUCAUCAUAAAGGGUACGGAUGAAGCUGAGAACGCCAGGUCAUAUUCCGAAGGUGAAAUGAAGAGGAGGAUGUCAAAGAAUCCCGAUCUUGCUGACAAAAUCAUCCCCAAGAACUUUGCUGUCGGGUGUCGUCGCCCAACUCCCGGAAACGGGUACCUCGAAGCUCUUGUCGGGGAUAAAACAUCUUGCUUCACUGAAACGAUCAAGGCUGUUACACCAACAGGCUUCGUUGAUCACACUGGUACUGAGCACGCUGUUGACGCCAUCAUCUGUGCCACUGGCUUCGACACCUCCUGGAUUCCUCGCUUCCCUCUUGUAGUCAACGGUUCCGAUCUACGCGAGACGUGGACCAAGGAGGGCGUAUCGACGUAUCUGAGUGUCGCUGUGCCUGGCGUACCCAACUACUUCACCUUCUGCGGACCAUACGGUCCCCUCGGCCACGGAAGCUUCUUCCCCAUCAUCGAGAGGUACACGGACUACAUCAUCGCCACUAUCUCCAAGAUGCAGAUUGAGGGGAUCCAGUCGCUGAGGCCCAAGCGAAAGGUUGCACAGGAUUUUCUGAAUCAUGCGUCCGAGUUUCUUAAGCGAACCGCCUGGACUGAUCCAUGCUCGAGCUGGUUCAAGAAUGGACAGCCCGAGGGUACCCCGACCAUUUACCCGGGCAGCCGUGUCUCGUUCCUACGGUUAUUGAAAACGCCGAGAUACGAGGACUAUGACAUCGUCUAUGACCAAGAUAACACUUUUGCGUUCCUUGGAAACGGAUUCGCAAUUGAGGAGGUUGAUGGGAGUGAUAUGACGUACUACUUGGGCCAGUUGAAGGAAGUUGUUGAUUCCUCCGACCUGAAGGCGCGCUUAAGAGGGACUUCAGAGGGUGCUACAAUACUUUAGUGGUUCAUGCAUAUUAGAACUCUUACAGUUAUUGCCAGGUAAAUCUUGGGUGGUAGGCAAAUAUCAUGUUUCUAACAUCUAUAUCAUUAUUAAGAUCAACACCAGAUCUCUACCUUCAAUAUAUACUGUCUCUCUUGCA